AGGCUGAAGCUAGCAGACCGUCCGCAAGAGCCCAACAGGCCCAGCUCGGAACUGAAGCUGCCGAACCUGAACCAGAGAGGCAUGAAGCUAAGUUUGCGUCAUUGCUUGAACAGCUGGAGUGCCAUCGUUGUGAGGUGGAACCAUUGAACGAAGAGCUACGGCGGCAUGCCAAAGCAGCAUGCCAGGUGCGUGGUCAAUGUGGAGGUCUUCCAGCCACACCGCCAACCACACCCCCUAGGUCAGAGGCCUGCAGUCAGCAGAACCACAGGCUUUCAACCGGGUCAGAUGAUUCGACUGCGACUGGGGCAACAAGUUUGCCACCUCUUGAUGUGGAAUGGAACGAGGUGAUUCAACAAUCCGGAAGGAUGAUUGGGGCGCUCCCAAUGACACCUAGGAUUUCACUUUCUUCAAUUUCAAGUCUAUCAAUUUCAGCUGCAGAAGAGACCAAGCCUGCGCCAGCUACCCCAAAAGGAAGGCCAUCUGAUGCUACAGUGCCGCCUUCUCCAGAAGAUGUUUUGGAGGACUGGGACAUUGAAGAGCAGGAACCAGAGACGAGUGGAGGUGACUUCUUGAUGCUAAAUAUGCCAGCUUUUCGUUCCGAGCAGGGCGAUUCACCAUGUAGAGGAGCAGAUCCCUGGCCUUGUGCAGAGGAGGAUUGCCCGAGCAUUCCUCUUAAGACAGAGGAGCAUGGCAAUUCACCAUGGAGUGGGGCAGUGCUUCAAAGGGUGCCACAACACAGAGCGGCCGUGGCAGAGGCUGCUUACGAGGAGGUGCUGGUGUUUGACUGGGAGGCAGCUCGCCUCGCAGAUGCCUGCAAGCCUGAAUCCGAGUGCGGAGACGUGGUAGAGCUGCGCACAGACUCCACACACGUGGAGUUCGUGCGAUUGCAGGCAAUUCUAUUAUCACGAGCAGUCCGCCACCUACGCGCCCUCAACUUUUUGUAAAAACUGCCUGCCCCAGUGGUUUCCUAGCGACGAAGUUAGAAAUUUGUGGCGCAAAGCCGCCGCGAAAAGCAACAUCCAGGAUGACGGAAUGCAGCGCAUGGUGAUGUGAUGUUAUGUGUCUUUAGGUCUUAGAUCUUAG